AUGCCCAAUAUAGAUCAGCUCGUGGAUAACUCAUCCGGGUUCCAGAUGCUAUCCUUCAUGGAUGCAUAUUCGGGAUAUAAUCAGAUCCCACUACACCCUGAAGACCAAGAGAAAACUGCUUUCAUCGCAGAGAAGGCAAACUAUUGUUAUAAUGUGAUGCCCUUCAGACUGAAGAAUUCAGGGGCCACUUACCAAAGAAUGAUGAACCAGGUGUUCGUAGACCAGCUCGACAAGAAUGUGGAAGUUUACAUAGAUGACAUGAUAGUCAAAUCAAUUAAUUCAGCAAUGCACAUUGAGGAUCUGGAGCAGACCUUUAACAAAUUGUUUUUGCCUCGGUCUGCGGAAACGGCAUUACCCUUUUUCAAGCUAUUCCGAAAGGAGGUGCAAUAUGGGUGGACUUCGGAGUGUGAGGUGGCAUUUCAAGAAAUUAAAAAGCAGCUGGCAUCACCACCAGUUUUAUCCAGUCCAAGAGAUGCGGAGCCAUUGAUAAUAUAUCUUUCUGUGGGAGAUGUUGUUGUUAGCUCGGUCCUAGUUCAAGAAAAUGAAGAGGGACAACAACCAAUUUACUUCGUAAGUCGGCUCUUGCAGGGAGCAGAGCUCCGUUAUCAGAAGUUAGAGAAGGUGGCUUUUUCCUUACUAAUCUCAGCUAGAAGACUUAGAGCAUAUUUUCAAGGACACCGGAUUGUAGUCAGGUCAGACUUGCCAAUUCGGCAAAUCUUGCAUAAGCCGGACUUAGCAGGAAGAAUGAUGGCUUGGGCUGUGGAAUUAUCAGAAUUUGAUAUAGUUUUUGAAAGCCGAAAAACGAUCAAAUCUCAAGCACUGGCAUAUUUUGUUAGAGAGCUUACUUCAAUCCAAAAAGAGAGCUCAACAAACCUAGACACCUGGAAAAUCUACGUGGAUGGAUCCUCAAACUCCAAAGGCAGCGGGGCCAGAGUGAUAAUUGAGAACCCGGAAGGGGUUUCGGUUGAAUACUCCAUGCAAAUGAAUUUUGAAACAUCAAACAACCAGGCAGAAUAUGAAGCAUUCAUAGCCGGGCUUCAGCAGGCCAAGGAGCUCGGAGCAAGGAGACUGCAAAUCUAUAGUGAUUCGCAACUGGUCACCUCCCAGAUUACAGGUUGCUAUCAAGCUAAAGGACCUUUGUUAGCAAAAUACUUGGAUUCUGCAAGACAGUUAAUGGCGGAGUUCGAAAAAGUAGAGGUCAGUUAUAUUCCAAGGAAUGAAAAUAGCAGGGCUGAUAUACUAUCAAAGCUGGCAAGCACUAAUGGUUGGGGAAACCACAGGACGGUGGUUGAGCAGAAUAUCCCAGAACCUACAUGUGUCAUGCAGAUAAUUGAAGGCAAAGAUUGGCGCGGCGCCGUCAUUGACUUCAUAGAAAACGGGUCGCUCCCCCAAAAAAGAAGAAGCUCAGAAGCUGGUUAA